GGGGUUGAGGCCGUGCCGUGCCCCAGGGCGGUUGGUUACGGCCAUUUGGACUGUUGGGAUCAGGCGGUGAAGACCUGAGCUGGUUUAGCAAGGGAAUUAUGCAACAUCUGCCACCAGAGACCAUACGACUUCUUUCAAGCUCCCAGACAAUAUCCUCUGUUGUCAGUGUAGUUAAGGAGCUGGUGGAAAACUCUUUGGAUGCUAACGCAACCAACAUCGAAGUGAAAUUAGAAAAUAACGGGUUUGACAAGAUAGAGGUGAGAGACAAUGGAGAUGGGAUCAAAGCCAUUGAUGUCCCUGUCAUGGGACUGAAGCAUUACACAUCUAAAAUCAGCCAGCACGAGGACUUGGAAACUCUACAAACAUAUGGAUUUCGUGGAGAGGCCUUGUGCUGCAUCUGUGGUGUAUCAGGGAUUAUCAUCACAACUAAGACCGCUGAUGAUGAAGUGAGUACACAGUAUACUUUGGACAACAUCGGACAUGUCGUUUCACAGAAACCUUCUCAUAUGGGACAAGGAACAACUGUGACUGUUCUAAGACUUUUUAAGAACAUCCCUGUGAGGAAACAGUUUUAUUCCACUGCCAAAAAAUGCAAAGAGGAACUGAAGAAAAUUCAAGACCUCCUCAUGGCAUAUAGUAUAAUAAAACCAGAGCUCAGGAUCGUUUUCACACAUAAUAAGGCGAUUGUAUGGCAAAAGGCCAAGGUGUCGGAUCACAAAAAGGCCCUGCUAACAGUUCUGGGAACUGCUGUUAUGGUCAGCAUGGUACCUUUCCAACAUCACGAACAAGAGCCAGAGAUAUUUCUCAGCGGUUUUCUUCCCAAAUCAGGCUCCAACUCUUCCUUGACGAGUCUCACGAGCCCUGACAGAAGUUUUAUUUUUGUUAAUUCCAGACCUGUUCACCACAAGGAAAUAUUAAAGAUGAUUCGACAGUAUUAUGCUGCUCAGUCCCAGAAGGAUUCUUCACAUAUUCGUUAUCCAAUUUGUUUCCUAAAUAUUUUGGUUUCAGCUGCUUUUGUAGACGUGAAUUUAACACCAGAUAAAACACAAAUAAUGCUUCUCAACAAGGAAGCCAUCUUAUCUGCUAUCGAAAAGAUAUUGAUUUCAAUAUAUGGGACACUUCCUACAACAAUGGCUGGGGAACCAUCUUCUGAAUGUGCAAACAAAAUUGAACAGCUUAGCAGUGAUAUGCUAAGUGACUGUCGUACCAUACCAUUAUCGGAGACUUCUCAAGUCACAGAAGCAACAAUUCCUUGUUCUAAAACAAAAGAGGUUUCUGGUGAUUUGGGUAAAGAAGUGAAUGCGGUCAGUAAUGUUGCUCUGAUUGAAUCAAGUGAAAAGUCUCAUAAACCUGGGGACAAGCCUUUGUGUAACAUUCUAGAAUUGGAUUCAACACUUGCACUAAAUAAUAAUAGUAUUUUUUCAAAGCCUCGAGAUGCUACUGUCAUGGACAUUUGUUUUGAAAAUGCUAAUAAUCUAAGCCUUUCACUUGAGACAUUAAAGGAAGCACAGAAAUCCAUUCAAAUUGAGCAAGACACCGUUGAAAUGAGUGCUGAGAGCUGGAGCAUGGGGCAUGGAGUGAAAGACUCUGCUGGACAAAUAAUUGAACCUGUAAAGAUCUUAAUACCUGGCAAGAUUGGAGGUCAAAACCAAACAAUCUGUGACAAAGAUACACAGCAGACUCCAACCGAUACUAGCCCAAGCAAAUAUCAGAGUAAAAGUUCUUCCAAUGUAGUGCAGGAUAAAACUGGGCAGAUUACACUAUACGACUUGAUCAGCAAUCACACAAUAAGAAAGGCUUUGUCACCCUCUGCCCUUUUCAUGCAAGAAACUCGGCUAAAACUGCUAGCAGAGAACCCAAAGACCAGUCUACAAGAUAUCAGCGUGGAACUUGAAGAUAUGUGGAAAAAUCUGAAUGAAGAAGAGAAAAAGAAGUUUGAGGAGAAAGCGGUAAAAGAUCUGGAUCGCUACAAUUCACAGCUGAAGAGAGUGCAAACAUCUCAUCAAGGAGAGAAACAACAACCUAAAUUGAACUCAGUAACAAAAUUUGUUCAGAAACACAAACGUAGAGCACCACUCUCAAACCAGCAAAUCUUAGAUAAACUCUUUGAGUCACAAACUCAGAAGAAAACAGCCUUGGAGCCAUCUCGUAAAACAGUUGAAGUUCCGUUUUCUUUAAGCUCUUUGAAAACACAACUCCAACAACUUUCUAAAAGCUUUGAUUCAGGUGGUGAAAGACUUCAGCUCAUCAAUCGCCUGUCCUGCUACAAUGGAUGGGUUAUUGCCUCUGGAAGGAAACUGAUGUUGUUAAAUCCAUUUCGGGUGGAGGAGGCUUUGCUGUACAGAAGACUGAUGGAGAACCACAUCCUUCCCACACAGACACUUGAUACACCAAUAUCUCUAAGUAACAGCCUGCUUGGUGGACCCCAGUACAUAGAUCGUCUCUGUAAAAUGCAAAAGGAAUGCUCAGAGUUGAAUGGGGUGGUUUCUUUUACAGAUCCCAGGCUUGUAUUCAAUGGCUUUAAGAUACAGCUAAUACCAGGUGCUUCAACAGCAGAACAGCACUUGCAUAUCCAGGAAAUGGCCAGGUGUUUACCCUAUUAUGGUGUGUCAGAUUUACAAGAAAUUCUACGUGCGGUUUUAACUAAAAAUGCUCAGAGAGUACAUCAGUGCAGACCUCUAAAAGUUGUAAAUUAUUUGGAGGGAGAGGCUGUUCGUCUGAUUCGACAGCUACCUCUGCAUCUCUCGAGAGAAGACAUUGAGGACAUGCUCGUCAGGAUGCAGCAGCAGCUGGAAAAAGAAUGUAAUACAUGUAUUCACGGUCGCCCAUUUAUACACCAUUUAGCAGAUUUACCAGAACCGGAGUGAUAAGCGUACAAUGCAGAAGAACUAAACUGAUGUUGAUUGUGGUAACCAGGAAGCUAUAUAACAAGGCCAUCACUGAAAUCUUUGAAUGUAAGCGAGAAGCCUAAUGUGUGGAAAAGCUAGUAUGGUCUGAGCAGUAUUUCAUUCAUAAUAUUGUUUUGUGAAAAAUUAAAAUAUUUUGUUUUUG